CCAUAUUUCUUCGUUUCGUGAGUUCUCUCUUCAGAGAAUUUCUCUGAGAGAUCCUUGGCUCUGCGCAGCCGCUCUCCCUUCCCGCUUACAAAACUGUAUCAACUUUAACAAAAUACCAAAGAAGAACAAAUACUUCAAUUUUAAUCGAUAAACAGAAACAACGAAUUGCGCUUUCCUAUUUUCUUUGAAACCCUAGGGUUAGGGUUUUUUUUUUUUGGUUUAAUUUUUUACUUAGCAAUCCGAUCGCAAUGGAUAUGAGAUUUCCAUACUCACCGGCGGAGGUCGCCAAAGUUCGCAUGGUGCAGUUCGGCAUAAUUGGCCCUGACGAGAUUAGGCAAAUGUCUGUGGUGCAGAUCGAGCAUAGUGAAACUACAGAGAGGGGCAAGCCGAAGCCAGGGGGUUUGAGUGAUCCUAAACUGGGUACAAUUGAUAGAAAGAUGAAGUGUGAAACAUGUACUGCGAACAUGGCCGAGUGUCCGGGUCACUUUGGUCACUUGGAGUUGGCCAAGCCGAUGUUUCAUAUAGGCUUUAUGAAAACAGUGCUGAGCAUCAUGCGAUGUGUUUGUUUCAACUGUUCCAAGAUUCUGGCGGACGAGGAGGAUCACAAGUUUAAGCAAGCCUUGAAAAUUAGGAAUCCCAAGAACAGGCUUAAAAAGAUUCUUGAUGCAUCCAAGAAUAAAGCUAAAUGUGAAGGUGGAGAUGAGAUUGAUGUUCAAGGUCAAGAUACUGAAGAACCAGUUAAAAAGAGUCGAGGUGGCUGUGGUGCUCAGCAGCCAAAACUGACCAUUGAAGGUAUGAAAAUGAUUGCCGAGUACAAGGCUCAAAGGAAGAAAAAUGAUGACCAGGAACAGCUACCUGAACCCGUGGAAAGAAAGCAGACACUUACAGCAGAAAAGGUUCUUAGUGUUCUGAAACGGAUAAGUGAUGAGGACUGCCAGUUGUUAGGAUUUAAUCCAAAGUAUGCACGUCCAGAUUGGAUGAUUCUACAAGUCCUUCCAAUUCCACCACCUCCUGUGAGGCCCUCUGUGAUGAUGGAUACAUCCUCUAGGAGUGAGGAUGAUUUGACUCAUCAAUUGGCAAUGGUUAUUCGUCAUAAUGAGAAUCUGAAGAAACAGGAGAGAGGUGGGGCUCCUGCACAUAUCAUUUCGGAGUUUGCUCAGUUGCUGCAGUUUCACGUAGCAACAUAUUUUGACAAUGAGUUGCCUGGACAGCCAAGGGCUACACAACGAUCUGGAAGACCUAUUAAAUCUAUUUGUAGUAGACUGAAGGCCAAGGAAGGCCGGAUUAGGGGUAACUUGAUGGGGAAACGUGUGGAUUUUUCUGCACGUACAGUCAUCACACCAGAUCCCACUAUUAAUAUUGAUGAACUAGGUGUGCCUUGGAGUAUUGCGUUGAAUCUCACCUAUCCGGAAACUGUCACUCCAUAUAACAUUGAAAGGUUGAAGGAGCUAGUUGAGUAUGGGCCACAUCCUCCUCCUGGUAAAACUGGUGCAAAGUAUAUCAUAAGGGAUGAUGGUCAAAGACUUGAUCUUCGAUAUUUGAAGAAAAGCAGUGAUCAUCAUUUGGAGCUUGGCUACAAGGUGGAGCGGCAUUUGAAUGAUGGUGACUUUGUGCUCUUCAAUCGACAACCCAGUCUCCACAAAAUGUCAAUUAUGGGACAUAGAAUAAAAAUUAUGCCAUAUUCAACUUUCCGCUUAAACUUGUCUGUUACUUCACCAUAUAAUGCUGAUUUUGAUGGCGAUGAAAUGAACAUGCAUGUUCCGCAAUCAUUUGAAACCAGAGCAGAGGUGUUGGAGCUGAUGAUGGUGCCUAAGUGCAUUGUAUCACCUCAAUCAAAUCGCCCUGUAAUGGGAAUUGUCCAGGAUACACUUUUAGGAUGCCGUAAGAUCACCAAGAGGGACACCUUCAUCGAGAAGGAUGUUUUUAUGAACAUUUUGAUGUGGUGGGAGGAUUUUGAUGGGAAAAUUCCUGCUCCUGCUAUUCUGAAACCACGGCCACUUUGGACUGGAAAACAAGUUUUUAAUCUUAUCAUUCCAAAGCAGAUAAAUCUUAUCAGGACUGCUGCCUGGCACACAGACACUGAAAGAGGAAUUAUUACUCCUGGGGAUACUCUUGUUCGAAUAGAAAAAGGGGAGCUGAUAUCUGGAACUCUUUGCAAGAAAGCUCUUGGGACUUCAACUGGAAGUCUUAUACAUGUCAUUUGGGAAGAGGUUGGUCCUGAUGCAGCUCGCAAGUUUUUGGGGCAUACACAAUGGCUUGUGAAUUACUGGCUUUUGCAAAAUGGUUUUAGCAUUGGUAUUGGAGAUACAAUUGCUGAUGCAGCUACUAUGGAGAAAAUUAAUGAAACUAUUUCACUUGCAAAAAAUGAAGUGAAGGAGCUUAUUACGAAGGCCCAAAACAAGGAGCUAGAGGCUGAACCUGGACGGACUAUGAUGGAAUCAUUUGAAAACAAAGUGAACCAGGUGUUGAAUAAAGCUCGUGAUGAUGCCGGAAGCAGUGCCCAGAAGAGCUUAUCUGAGAGCAACAACCUCAAGGCCAUGGUUACUGCAGGAUCUAAGGGCAGUUUCAUCAACAUAUCUCAGAUGACUGCUUGUGUGGGGCAGCAAAAUGUUGAGGGUAAGCGUAUACCAUAUGGGUUUGUAGAUCGGACAUUGCCCCACUUCACCAAGGAUGACUAUGGACCAGAAAGUCGCGGGUUUGUUGAAAACUCAUAUCUGCGUGGGUUGACCCCUCAAGAGUUCUUCUUUCAUGCUAUGGGUGGUAGGGAAGGUCUUAUAGAUACUGCUGUGAAGACUUCUGAGACUGGGUACAUCCAGAGGCGGCUUGUGAAGGCCAUGGAGGAUAUCAUGGUUAAAUAUGAUGGCACUGUUAGGAAUUCACUAGGGGAUGUUAUUCAGUUUCUCUAUGGGGAAGAUGGUAUGGAUUCUGUCUGGAUAGAAUCACAGAAGCUGGAUUCUCUAAAAAUGAAGAAAUCAGAAUUUAAUAGGGUCUUCAGAUAUGAAAUUGAUGAUGAAAAUUGGAACCCUUCUUACAUGAUGUCAGAUCAUAUUGAGGAUUUGAAAAAUAUUCGAGAAUUGCGUGAUGUGUUUGAUGCUGAAGUUCAAAAACUUGAAGCAGAUAGAUACCAACUUGGAACAGAGAUCGCAACCACUGGUGAUAAUUCAUGGCCGUUGCCUGUUAACCUCAUGAGGCUUAUUUGGAAUGCACAAAAGACUUUCAAGGUUGAUACGAGAAGGCCAUCAGACAUUCAUCCAAUGGAAGCCGUAGAAGCUGUCGAUAAGUUGCAAGAGAGAUUGAAAGUUGUUCCUGGGGAGGAUCCAUUGAGUGUGGAAGCCCAAAAGAAUGCCACUCUUUUCUUUGGAAUCUUGCUUCGCAGCACUCUUGCUAGUAAAAGGGUGUUGGAGGAAUAUAGGCUCACUCGUGAAGCAUUUGAUUGGGUUAUUGGUGAGAUUGAAUCACGCUUCUUACAGUCAUUGGUGGCCCCUGGAGAAAUGAUAGGUUGUGUUGCUGCACAGUCAAUUGGAGAACCUGCUACCCAGAUGACUCUCAAUACCUUCCACUAUGCUGGUGUUAGUGCAAAGAAUGUCACGCUUGGUGUUCCCAGGCUAAGGGAAAUUAUCAAUGUAGCUAAGAAAAUUAAAACUCCUUCACUUUCUGUCUUCCUGGUUCCUGAAUGUAAUAAAACAAAGGAGAAGGCUAAAAGUGUUCAGUGUGCUUUAGAAUACACCACUCUCCGCAGUGUUACUCAAGCUACUGAAGUAUGGUAUGAUCCAGAUCCCAUGAGUACCAUAAUUGAAGAGGAUGUUGAUUUUGUGAAGUCUUAUUAUGAAAUGCCAGAUGAAGAGGUUGCACCGGAAAAAAUUUCUCCUUGGUUGCUUCGUAUAGAGUUGAACCGUGAAAUGAUGGUUGAUAAGAAGCUGAACAUGGCUGACAUUGCUGAGAAGAUCAACCUUGAGUUUGAUGAUGAUUUAACUUGUAUAUUUAAUGAUGAUAAUGCUGAAAAACUGAUUCUUCGCAUACGUAUCAUGAAUGAUGAAGCUCCAAAGGGGGAGUUGAGUGAUGAGUCAGCUGAGGAUGAUGUUUUCCUUAAAAAGAUUGAGAGUAACAUGCUGACAGAAAUGGCUCUUCGAGGUAUCCCAGAUAUAAACAAGGUGUUCAUUAAACAUGGUAAAGUAAGCAAGUUUGACGAGAAUGAUGGAUUUAAGACAAUGGAGGAGUGGAUGCUGGACACGGAGGGGGUCAAUCUCUUGGCUGUUAUGUGUAAUGAGAAUGUUGAUGCCAGGAGGACAACAAGCAAUCACCUGAUUGAAGUUAUUGAAGUUCUUGGUAUUGAGGCAGUUCGUCGUUCGCUGCUGGAUGAGUUGAGGGUGGUAAUUUCAUUUGAUGGUUCUUAUGUUAAUUACAGGCAUCUAGCUAUACUAUGUGACACAAUGACCUAUCGUGGCCAUUUGAUGGCAAUCACCCGCCAUGGUAUCAAUCGGAAUGACACUGGGCCAUUAAUGAGAUGCUCGUUUGAAGAGACCGUAGACAUUCUUCUUGAUGCUGCAGUGUUUGCUGAAACUGAUCAUUUGAGAGGUGUCACUGAAAAUAUUAUGCUUGGUCAGCUUGCACCAAUUGGCACAGGAGGUUGUUCUUUGUAUCUCAAUGAUGAAAUGUUGAAGAAUGCCAUUGAACUUCAGCUCCCCAGUUAUAUGGAUGGCCUGGAUUUCGGCAUGACUCCUGCACGUUCCCCAGUCUCAGGGACACCUUACCAUGAGGGCAUGAUGUCUCCAAGUUAUUUACUGAGCCCUAGUCUUCGCCUUUCACCCAUUACAGAUGCUCAGUUCUCACCAUAUGUAGGUGGAAUGGCUUUCUCUCCUACUUCAUCUCCAGGCUAUAGCCCAUCAUCCCCUGGUUACAGUCCAUCAUCCCCUGGUUACAGUCCUACGUCUCCUGGAUACAGCCCUACCUCACCUGGUUAUAGCCCCACCUCACCUGGAUACAGCCCAACUUCGCCAACUUAUAGCCCUAGUUCUCCUGGCUAUAGCCCUACCAGUCCUGCCUAUUCUCCUACAAGUCCAUCGUAUUCCCCAACUUCCCCUAGUUACAGCCCAACUUCUCCCAGCUAUAGCCCAACAUCUCCAAGUUAUAGUCCAACCUCUCCAAGCUAUAGCCCCACAUCUCCCAGUUACAGCCCAACUUCACCAAGCUAUAGCCCUACAUCUCCAGUAUAUAGUCCCACUUCACCUGCAUAUAGUCCCACUUCGCCUGCAUACAGUCCUACCUCACCAUCAUACAGCCCAACUUCUCCUUCCUAUAGCCCAACGUCACCUUCCUAUAGCCCAACCUCGCCUUCUUACAGCCCCACAUCUCCAUCAUACAGUCCAACUUCACCUGCUUAUAGCCCGACAUCCCCUGGUUACAGUCCAACCUCACCAAGCUAUAGCCCAACAUCGCCAAGCUAUAGCCCGACCUCACCCAGUUACAAUCCUCAGUCAGCUAAAUACAGUCCGUCACUGGCAUACUCACCUAGCAGUCCAAGAUUGUCACCGUCGAGUCCUUACAGCCCCACGUCUCCAAAUUAUAGCCCAACCUCACCAUCAUAUUCACCGACUUCUCCAUCAUAUUCCCCUUCAAGCCCAACAUAUAGUCCUAGCAGCCCAUAUAAUUCUGGAGUCAGCCCAGAUUAUAGCCCAAGUUCCCCACAAUAUAGUCCUAGUGCUGGGUACUCACCAAGUGCACCUGGGUAUUCACCAUCAUCUACUAGUCAAUACACUCCUCAGACAAGUGCAAAGGAUGACAGAAACAACAAAGGGGACAGAAAUGGGAGGGACAAUAAGGGAUGAUAGGAGCAGUCGAUCAGAUUUAUGAUUUCUUUGAAGAUCUUAGGAAGUAAAGCAUUCAAUAAAUUGCAGGGCUGGAACAUGGGCAGAUCGGAUGGUGGACUAUAUGGAGACAUCGAUUUCAUGGCUUUCACAGAUUACUGUAUAAACAAUGCACUCAAGUUGAACUGAACUUAUUCACGUGUUUGUGGACAUCUGCUAUUUUACAUAUGCCAUUUCAACUUCAGGUCAAAUGAUUAGUCUUCACUACCUAGGUGGUUACAAUUAUUUCAGUGUCAUUUUCUGUAUAAGCUGUCCCCUAUGUAAGAAAUGGACGUACAACAGCUAAUUGUUGAUUUAGAUUGAUUGCCUUUGGUAAUGGUUACUCGGCCUAGUUUUUGACAAAAAUGGAGGGUAUAUAUUGGGAUUCUGCAUUUUCCUUGUUUGUUUGCUGCGGAGAAUCUGUGGGUAGAGUGUUUGCUAAUGCAAGUAGUUAGAAGUUGCAAGACCGGAAAUAAUUCUCAUUUCUAGUUCCUUUUGGGUAUUCAUCUA